ACGGUGUAGUUCAUAACGUAAAUAACGGGAAAUAAAUUAAGUGUUUUACGGACCUAAUAAGACAUAUCCACACAUACAUUUGCCGAACAAUAAUUAUCCGUGCGGUGAAAAUAUAUGUAAAUACUUGUGAAGAGAAUUAUUUGUACUGCAAGAAAUUAGUUGCUAAUAUUAUUGUAAGUGAGGCUGCGACUCAAAUACCGGCGGCGCGGAUGAAUAUCCAGAUUCUUGCAAAUAGAGCGUGAAUAAAUAUUGAUUGAAUAGAGGAACACCUCCAUUUUCAAUUCCACAAACCGAUGAAAUGACGACGCGUAUUUGCCAAUUGCUAAUUGUAGCCGCUAUCUUUUAUCAAAGCACUCUAGCUGAUAUAGCCAACUGUGUAUUCGAAGACACUGUCGCCUUAACCGAUAGUAGCAAAUUUGCCAAUGGAUCGUACCUCUAUGAAGGGCUAUUGGUGCCGCCACAUCUAACAGCCGAAUAUGACUAUAUUGAGCUCUUCGAAGGUCAGCGUAAGCCUGUGGAGAGGCAUGUACGCGGUUGUGUGUGCAAGAUCAAGCAAUGUGUGAAGUUUUGCUGUCACCCAAGAGCGGAUAUGUAUCAGACAAGCGCGACUGCCACGCCUCAAUGUGAAGAAGUACUUAAUCAGGAGCUCAAAUACACGCCACUUUUGAAUGUAACAUUGCGAAACAGCAGUCGGGUCGUGAUGCAUCUGCUGGAUGAGUUUGUGGUGCAGCAGGGGAUACCAUGCGAAGGUGGCUAUAUGCUAAUGCCACAUGUAUACGAAGACGAUCAGUGGGAGUUAUUUGAGAAUGGCACAUUGUUGCGCCUCGGUGAUGCGAAAUAUUACUCGAGGCGAGAUUAUUGCUUGCAGGCCUAUAAUACGAGUGAAGAGUUUGUGUUGAAUCCGAUGAAUUGUCCGGUUGUUUAUAAAGAGCCAGCAACGCUCAUGCUGAAUACGAUAAUCAUGCUGAUUUCGGCUCCAUUUCUUUAUGUCACCAUCCUGAUCUAUUGGCUCAUACCGGAAUUGUGGAACUUGCAUACGAAAUGCCUGAUUUGUUAUCUACUUUCGUUAGCUAUUGGCACGACGCUCAUUGUUUUGGUCAAUAUGCUGCAUUCAGAAUUUGAAACUUUUGCUUGCGCUAUAAUCGGUUUCGUGUCAUAUUUCUUCCUAACUGCCGUCUUCUUCUGGCUAAAUGUGAUCUGCUUCGAUCUUUGGCAAAAUUUCUGUAUGACCCAAGGUGCAGUGCGAAACUUAACACAGCGUAAACGGUUUCUUUACUACUCACUCUAUGCUUGGGGCAUGCCAGCGUUGAUGACAAUAAUAACAGCCAGUUUGCAAUUUUCAAAUUUACCACAUGAACUCAAGUCAGGCAUUGGGGAUACACACUGUUGGUUGAAAGUUGACGACUGGUCAGCGAUGAUUUAUUUCCAUGGACCCUGCCUACUGCUGAUUAUCUUCAAUAUUGGCAUAUUUUUCUUAACGGCAAAUAAAAUCUAUGAAAUACGUAAGGAGCUGCAACAUUUUUCACGCAGCGACUGCAGUCAAAGGCAUUUGCGUUCACAGCAAAAUAAUAAACAUUUGCUGGCAUCUUUCAGUGUAUGGCUCUUCUUUCGCAUGUUCAUUGUAAUGGGUAUUGGCUGGCUACUGGAGAUUAUCAGUUACAUGGUUGGCAAUAACAGUAAAUAUGUUCUGCUUUUUGCGGUCACGGAUGUCUACAAUGCCUCACAGGGGCUAAUCAUAUUCAUAUUACUGGUUGUGAAAAAGAAGGUGCUAUUGCUGAUAAAGAAAAGAUUUACUAAAUCGGAUAACUCGUUGCAGCUUUCAAGUAGAAGAUUUACGAAGUCCAGCACGUCGGCCAUGGAGUUAUCCAAUGCUGAAAGUCGAUGGAAACUUCGAAACUGAAAAUCAAAUCAAUCAUAAAGAAUCGAGAGAAUAACUGCAAAACAUUCGAAUAAUAAUAACGUUUACCGUGGGUAUUAAUAUUUUAUAG